UUUUUUAAUUAAUACAAAACGAAAUUUUAUCAAAUAUGUUACGAUUUACAAAGAUCCCUUCUUAUGCUAUAUCCGCGAAUGUGGACUGCGCCCACUAGAUCGUACGGUCAUAGAAAGGGUGUGGGGUGUGAAUGUGGGGUGUGGGUGUGGACUCAAAUGAAAAAUAGUCACACCGCACACCGACACUCACACCCUCAAGAGAGUUUAUAAGCCGAUGACAUAGUUUUACAAUGAAUGAGUUCUAGAAAACAAACAUAAGGCUUGAGUUGAUUGUUGAUUCUCCGUUCUACGUUUUUUUUUGAGUAUUCAAUGAAAAAUAAACUCUAUUAUUGAUAGGUGUACACAAUCAAACCAAUAAGGAAUAACUGCCAAUUCCCAAACGAUUGGUUAAUUAUAUUUCUUCAGAUUGUACGUAAGAUUUCGAAUAAUGAAAAAAAAAACAAAUCAAUAUCUUCUUAUUUUCUAGUUCUUCCAACAUUUUCUGAAGGCAAAGGAUUUGGAGAUGGAAGAAGUGGUGGUGGUGGUUUUAAAGUUGGUUCUAAAGGAUCAGGAACAUUUGGUGGAGCAUCAAGUUAUAGUCGAGGAAAUAGUUAUAGAUCUCCUAUGAAUCAACCUCGUUCGGGUAGUGGUUUUAAAAGUAAAACUAUUAGUUUUGCUGCUGGAGCUGCUGGUGGUAUAGCAGCAUAUUCAUUGAUGAGAUCAAUGUCAGGUUCAUAUCAUUCUCGACCUGCUGGUUAUUAUGGUCCAGGUUAUGGAACUGGAGCAACUUGUGUAAAUAAUGAAGAUAUGAAUGGUACCGUUUUUGGACAAUUUCGUUGUCCAUUGUAUGGAUUUCCGCCUGAAGCAAAAUAUUGUUGUGGUGAAUAUGGAAAACAAUUUUGUUGUAUACCUGAUAGACGAAGUAGUUUUUUUACUAAAGCUUCACAUUUUGGAUGGAUUGUUAUAGUUAUAAUAAUAUUUAUUAUUGUUACACUACUUUGGAUUCGUUGUCGUCGACGUCGACAAAAAGAUGUUGUAAUGAUACCAACAGACCCACCCAUGCAUCAAGACUAUGAACCACCACCUUUUUAUCGUCCACCACCAGCACGUAAUGAAAAUCCAUAUGGAAUUCCACCACAAAAUCAAUCAGCAAAUUUUAAUCCAUAUGCACAACAAUCUCAUAUGCCAUAUCCACCUCAACAACAACCAUUUAAUCCAUAUUAA